AGACACUGCUGGAGGCUGUGGGGAGGACAGGCCACUUUCCAGUCUUUCUCCGGACCAUGUACCAUCAGGACAACCAGGUAUGUAAGCUUUGAUAGAUACCUCUCGCAUUCUGUAUAAUCCUGAAUAACAUUACCUGUGAGAAAAUAACAUCAAUAAAACGACACAUUUUGCGUUGCCAGGUUGUCGAAAUCUUGUGGCUUGUGUUUCUCCUACUGCUCUGUAAUGUUGUUGUUAAACAUAUUGUUAGAUAAAGAAAUCCGUAAUAAGCUGUAAGUAAAUAGUGUUCUGCUCUUCAGAUCCCCUCUGCAUGUCAAACGUGGUCAAGUCAUUCAAGGUUUUUCUGGAUGCCAGGUUGAGAAAAAUGUUCACAACCUGGCAACCUGAAGCUGUUCUUAUUAGUAGCCUAUAGCUGAUCAGUAAAUCAUUCAUACAUCAUUAGGUAACAGCCAUCAUUUUUUAAAUGCUUUAACUAGUGCAUUGAUUGAAAGUGGUUACUAAGAUAAAAUAAGAAAUACAUCUAAAUAAGUCAAAUCUCUAUCGACACCAUAGAUUAAUAAAUACAGAAAGUAUUGUUAACAGCAGCAGGGAGCAUCUAUUGAUCAGUCAUCUUGCGUCACUUCCUCCACGUGGUCUCGGCCCAAACUCCCGCCCGGAACAGUCGUCUGUCAACACCGCUCCGUUGCUCGCACUCAGUUGUCUGUCUCUGUGUCUUUGUCUGUCUCUGUGUCUUUGUGUGUCUCUCUGUGUGUGUGUGUGUGUGUGUCUUCCUCCAUUUCACUCUUUUAGCCAGAAUGGCUGCACAUAAAGAGGAGGCCGAGCUUGGCGACAUCGUCGACAACGAGGAGGAGCUGGAGCAGGCUUUGUGUGUUCUGGCUGGAAGCGACCCGGAAAACUGCUCCUAUUCGCGGGGCUAUGUGAAGAGACAGGCUGUGUUUGCCUGCAACACCUGCACCCCCGGUGCUGCAGAGCCUGCUGGGAUCUGUCUGGCCUGUGCCAAUAAAUGCCACGAUGGCCACGACAUCUUUGAGCUGUAUACCAAAAGAAAUUUCCGCUGUGAUUGUGGGAAUAGCAAGUUUCGGGAUUUCCAGUGCCAGCUGAAUACUGCCAAGGAUGAGGAAAACAUUAGAAAUCACUACAAUCACAACUUCAGUGGCUUCUACUGCACAUGUGACCGGCCGUACCCAGACGCAGACGAUCAGGUCAAUGAUGAGAUGAUUCAGUGUGUGGUCUGUGAGGACUGGUUUCACAGCAGGCAUCUGGGCUGCACUGUAGUGGACCCUGAGGAGCUGCAGGAGAUGGCGUGUGAGGCCUGCAUGAACAAAGCUCCCUUCUUAUGGACGUAUGCUGCUCACUUUGCAGUGGCCCCUGUGAUCAGCGUCAGUCAUCCUGAAGAGGAGGAGGAGGAGGAGGAGGUGCAGGUGGAUGUCGAGGAACAGGGAGAAAAGGAGGAGGCCUGUGAGCCAAGUCCAAGUGGGGAUGAGGAGGGACCGUCCACCAGUGUUGAGUACACAAAGCAGGAGGAAGAGGCAAACCAGAGUUCCCCUUGCAAACGGACCCACGAGCAAAUGACUGGCAGCCCCGGAAAGGCCACGACCAAAACGGAGGCGUGCAGGCUAAAGGAGCUCCAGGCCCAGGGGCUGGAGAGGCAGAGACAGGGAGCAGUGUUCUGGCCGUACAGUUGGCGCUCCGAGCUUUGCACCUGCACAAACUGCAAGAGGGCCUACGUGGCUGCCGAGGUGCAGUUUCUCAUGGAUCAGUCUGACACCAUUCUGGCCUAUGAGAACAAAGGUUUGAAUGAGCCGUUUGGGCAGCACCCACUGAUGGCACUGACGAACUCGCUGGACCGCGUACAGCAGCUGGAGAUCAUUUACGGUUACAAUGAGAUGACGACUUCGAUCACUGCCUUUUUAGAACAGUGUGUGGCUGAAGGAAAGACGGUCACAGUCGAAGCUGUGCAUCAGUUCUUUGAGGAGCUGCGUGCGAGAAAAAGACGCAGAACCAAUGCAGGAUACCAGUAAGAAGGAGGCCACGUUGCUACCAUCAUAUGCUACUUUCAUAUGGGGCUUUUGAAUGUGGAAGAUGAGCCUUUUUUCUUUUUUGAAUAAAGAGCUUUCUGCUGCAACCAAUGUGAUCCUUAAGCUUGAACAAUUAGUGCUAAGAGGACGAGUUCAAGUUACCGUUGAAAAAAUGCAACUUUCAGAUGGCAUUACUAAAAAUGAGGAUUGUGAAUGUUGGUGGUAAUUUUCACACCUGGUUGUUUUAAUUGAUUGUGAGUGUGAUGCCUUAACCUUGAAGUUCCUGCUGAAACAUUUAUUGUUAAAUGCACAUUGAUGGAUCUUUGUGAUCAAAAGAAAUAUUGUUUCAGCAUUUUGCUUUAAAAACGUUGGGACUGUGUGGUUGUUAUGAGAGUAUUUCACAUGAACACGAUGGUUCCAUGGACAUUCUUGUGAACUUGUCCACUCAGUUAUGCUGGGCUACAUACCUGAUUUUUUACAUUAAGAUUUAAGGUGAAGAGGACGUUCUGGUGUACGUUUGCUGCUGCCGUGUGUGAAUUAAUGUUCGCAAUAAAGAUUUCACAUAUCUAGUGUGCAAACAACCCAAA